GUCCCGCCCCCCGUCCGCCCCGCCCGCUCAGCGGAAAGUAAGGUGAAAAGUCCGAGCUAGCGCGGCGGCGGCUGCGGCGCAGGAUGGGGUCCGGCUCGUCCAGCUACCGGCCCAAGGCCAUCUACCUGGACAUCGAUGGACGCAUCCAGAAGGUGGUUUUCAGCAAGUACUGCAACUCCAGCGACAUCAUGGACCUCUUCUGCAUCGCCACCGGGCUGCCGCGGAACACGACCAUCUCCCUCCUGACCACGGACGACGCCAUGGUCUCCAUUGACCCCACCAUGCCGGCGAAUUCUGAGCGCACGCCCUACAAAGUGAGACCGGUGGCCGUCAAGCACCUGUCCGAGAGAGAAGAAUUAAUCCAAGGUGUCCUGGCGCAGGUGGCAGACCAGUUCUCCAGAGCGUUUAAAAUCAACGAGCUGAAAGCAGACGUCGCCAGCCACCUGGCGGUGCUGGAGAAGCGCGUGGAGCUGGAAGGACUAAAAGUCGUGGAGAUCGAGAAAUGCAAGAGUGACAUUAAAAAGAUGAGGGAGGAGCUGGCGGCCAGAAGUAACAGGACCAACUGUCCCUGCAAGUACAGCUUUCUGGAUAACAAGAAGCUGACUCCUCGACGUGAUGUUCCGACCUACCCGAAGUACCUGCUGUCUCCAGAGACCAUUGAAGCCCUCCGGAAACCCACCUUCGAUGUCUGGCUGUGGGAGCCCAACGAGAUGCUGAGCUGCCUGGAGCACAUGUACCAUGACUUGGGCCUGGUCAGCGACUUCGGCAUCAACCCUGUCACACUCCGGCGCUGGCUGCUCUGCGUGCACGACAACUACCGCAACAACCCCUUCCACAACUUCCGGCACUGCUUCUGUGUGACCCAGAUGAUGUACAGCAUGGUCUGGCUCUGUAACCUGCAGGAGAAGUUUUCCCAGAUGGACAUCUUGGUCCUGAUGACGGCAGCCAUCUGCCAUGACCUGGAUCACCCGGGAUACAACAACACGUACCAGAUCAAUGCCCGCACGGAGCUGGCUGUGCGCUACAACGACAUCUCGCCUCUGGAGAACCACCACUGCGCAGUGGCCUUCCAGAUCCUGGCGCGGCCCGAGUGCAACAUCUUUGCCAACGUGCCAACGGAGGGCUUCAGACAGAUCCGGCAGGGGAUGAUCACGUUAAUCCUGGCAACGGACAUGGCCAGGCACGAGGAGAUCAUGGACUCGUUCAAGGAGAAGAUGGAGAACUUUGAUUACAGCAAUGAUGAACACCUGACCCUGCUGAAGAUGAUCCUCAUAAAGUGCUGUGACAUCUCCAACGAGGUGCGGCCCGUGGACGUGGCGGAGCCCUGGGUGGACUGUCUGCUAGAAGAGUACUUCAUGCAGAGUGACCGUGAGAAGUCAGAAGGCCUUCCCGUGGCCCCAUUCAUGGACCGAGACAAAGUGACCAAAGCUACAGCCCAAAUUGGGUUCAUCAAGUUUGUCCUGAUCCCGAUGUUCGAAACAGUGACCAAGCUCUUCCCCGUGGUCGAGGAGCUCAUGCUGCAGCCCCUGAGAGAAUCCCGGGACCACUACGAGGAGCUGAAGCAGAUGGAUGAUGCCAUGAAAGAGUUACAGAAGCAGACGGAGAGCUUGAGCUCUGGGGUCAGCGAGAAGUCCAGACAAAAGAGCGGGGACGACAGGAAGACUGAAGGCAACUCAUCUCCAAACUGAGGGCUUGGCACACAUGCAGACCGAGCCAGAAGCAGCCGGGAGCAGCAGCAGGACAGUGGCCGUGGCCGUGGCCAAUGUGGAUGGGCUGGCAGAGCCUUGUGGGACCCUCAGUGCCAGGAGAAUCGCUCCGGGUACCUGACGCCAAUGGACCAUGUUUUCUAAGGACUGCCCAUUCACUGAUAUGGGGGGAAAAAAGGGGAAUCCAUGAUGCUGUACAGAAUUUUUAUUUUUAAACUGUCUUUUAAAUAAUAUAUUCUUAUACAGAAA